AUUAUAUUAACCCAGGGUUAAAAAUAAAAAUUACCCUAUUGGUUAACAAAUUCAAGUGUGAGAAAACAGACAACCCAUAAGUGUGACUGUGGAGGGACCGUAAUAUCCCUUUAAGUACAGACGGUGAGUGAAACAUCUGCGUCUCCUCCUCUGUGACAUCGUUCUGACUCCGCCCACCAGUCAGGAAGAUACAGAGCCGAAUGAUAGUAAGUGGCUGUGCAGAGCGAGGGCUGAUGCAGACGUUUGUGUUAUUAGUCGCCGUUCGAGAGGAUGAACACGAGUGGCGCUUGAACGGAAUGUCAGAUUAGCUUUCAUUUGGAUCCAGUACUCACUCCUAGUUGUUAUCGCACACGCAACUGGGCGAUAGCAGAAUUCCAAGGCUCAUAUUAACCAUUUUUUAUUAGCUUCCCAAUUUGGCUUUUCUUCACAAAGACAGUUCACACAUACAGAAACAAAGUGGAUUUAACAGUGGCUACGUGGUUUCCCCGCACUCCAAGAUGCUUCUGGUCUCCCAGCGGCUAGACUCACCUCGCAUGGACCCAUUACUGCCAGGAUCCCUGAAGAGGAAAUUGACUGGGACUGUGGAGGGUUCUGCAUCACUAAACGGGGUCUCUGACACGUCUAUGACCCACGGAGGUGCCAAACGACUAUGCUUAGAAGAUGUUACACUUGCCAUGGGCUCCAGCUACCCUCAACCCCUAUUCCCAUCUGGGAUGGGCAACCAGGGAGGUGUACUGGAAGGCAACCGUCUCAAUAGUAACAACAACAGUUUGGGUUCUCCAUAUUCUGUACCCCCAACUGCUAGUCCUGGAUCAACUUCAGGAGGUGGAGGAGGCUCAGGGGGAUUAACAAAUAACUUCAAUCCAAAUGGGAGUUCAGCCACUCCUUCAGUGGAGCAGGAACUGCAGGAGAUUUUGGAUGAACUUACAAAUAAUCCUGAUCCCUCUCUACCGGAGCUUGACAUCGAGAAGAUCUUGGGAAAAGAAAGCGAUGACCAGGCAAUUAGUGCUGGAGGCUUUGUCCACCCGGAGGGUAACGGGACACCCAAAAGAUCUCCACAGAGACAGUCACAUCUGGAGGCCCACCUCACUCAAUCCCCUGGUUUUUCUCAGGCUGGAUCCCCUCAGAUGGGUCCAAGUCCUGCAGGGGCACCAUAUACCCUGCCACACCCUUCCAAACCAGUUCCAUCUCCUCUCUCCGCAUCGCCCCUUUCUUCCUCCUCUUCACAAGGACAGAACCAAGCACGGUCACCCAUGCUCUCUGCAGCCCUAUCAAGCCGCCCUGCAUCCAACUGGCAUGAGGUGUCUCGGGCCCAACAUCUUCAGCAGAUGGCGUCAAAUAGUAAGCAUCAUUCUAACAAUAGUGCAGGUCAGCCACCUGCCCAAUCAGGGUUGUCAGGAUUGGGCCAGCAGGGCACCUCCUGGGCUGGUCCUUCGCCACCCUACCGAUCAGGGGAUAAACUGCCUAACUCUUCUCCUCACCAGCAGCCCUUUAGCCCAGCAGGUAAUAAUCAGAACCCCCAGAGCUCUCUUAUCUCUAGCAUGGCUCCAGCCCCAUCCACAGGACCUUCACCACCCUACAGACCAGAAAAGCUAGCCAGUCCGGCAAUUGCUCAGCCCCCUUUUAGUCCCCAGAACAGCCUUCUGUCUGGAAAUGCCCCAUCAGGGGGUUUAGGCACUACCAUCCAAGGUUCUCAGGCAAGUUACCUUCCUGGUGUUGUCCCAACAUCGAACAGCACUCGACCAUCACCUCCGUACCGACCAGAUAAACACCCAAACCCAGCUGGGCAGUGCCAACCAGGGACACAACCCCCCACCCAAGGACAUCUUUUCAACACACAAAAUAAUCAACCACCUGGAAUGUCCAGUCAGCUGUUCAAGGCCAUGACAUCCACCCAGCCACCCAACAGCCUUCUCAUGCAGGCACGGACAGCACAGGGAAAACCCUCACAGCUGCAAAUAAGCAAGGCCACCACAGGUGGUAUGGGCCCAGAACCUUACUCCUUCAACAACACCAAGCCAUUACGACAUUUUGACCCCGAUCCCUCUGUGACCAAACUGGGUCCUCUGGCUGUGGGAGGAUACCGUAGUGCUAGUAUGCAGUCCACACCACCCACAUCAGCCACAGGACACGCUCGUCUCUUGCCGCAGCACAUGCAAAGGGGGAUGCAGGCAGGUGGCAUCAUGCCUCACUGCAGAGAUGAUCAAGGUGCAGGAAUGGUGCCACAUCUUCAGAACUCUCCGUCAGCAGUGCCACGGCAGCCCCAGGGCAGCAACUACAACCUUCUGUUGAAGAAUCAGCUAUUAAACAAACAGCUUCAACAGCAGCAGGAAAAGCAAAGGCAAAUAGAACAAAUGAAUGGAGCGCAGAUCACAGACUGCCAACAGGUGUCACAAUUUCAAGGUCCAGGUCGACCACUUCCUCCGGAGUGUGGUGGUUAUGCUAUGGGGGCUUCUCAACAGCCCAAUCCCUCCAUACUCUCCCAUAGUGGCCCUUUACCUGCAAAUCGAAUGGGUCUUUCCUCCGGCUCUGUGUCCCAGAUGGGCCCCAGCAUUGGAGGAUACAUGUGUAACAAAGGCUCCAAACAACCCCUUUGCCACCCUUCACAAGACUUUGGAAUGGCAAUGCAGCCAGGCCAGAUUAUAAUGGGAAUGGGUGGACCUCCACGUCAACCACUACACCCAGCUCACGGUGUGACCCGACCGGGCGUACCAUGUCCCAACCUAACACGAGGUCCUGUUCCGACUCACCACCUGCGGCAAGCGUUGCACCAAGGUGGAGCUCUUCCUUCACGUAUGAUGUUCCCUUCUCAGCAGCAACCCUCGUCACAAUCCCAGCUUUGGCAGCACCAUCAUGGGGUGCAAUCACAUAUGGACCCUGCUACCCUCCAACAUCCCUUCCCCAGUGGAGGAGCCCCACCUGGUUGUGGGGGGUCUCAGUUUCCACAGCGAUCCAGCAUGGCAGGUAUGCCAACCAACUUCCCUGGUGCCCGUCCUCCCCCUAACCAGGUAGCCCAUGGUCUGGUUGGCAGACAGGAACAGAAGAUGCCCACUGGCCAGCCCCUCCCCUCCAUAUCUCAACACAGCCUCAGAAUCAGAGGUCCGCUUUCCGCUCUUGCUGUUAUGAAGCCUGGAGGUCCAUCUAUGAUGCACCCAGUUCAUGGCAUGGCUCCUCCGAGCUACCAGACUGCUUCUGCAGGCAAACAUUGUUCACCACAGGGCUACGGCCCUGGACAUAACCCUGGACAUAAGCUUCCUUCCUAUGACUACACCCCACAGCAUCAGAGCAAUGGGGCAAUGGGGCUACAAGGGCCUGGAGGAGGAGGUGGUGGGGAGGUGGACUUCAUAGACACUCUGGUAGGCAGCAGUGAAGACUGGCUGAACAAUCUCACCAUGAUUGAUGAAUACCUUGAGCAAAACUCAUAGGGACAACAGAUUGAGAGCUUCCCUGGUUUUGAAAAUCACUGCACACAGUGCCAGAACUGAGAUUGAGGGUUCAUCGCUCUGUAAUGGUAUAAACCGUAUUAGUGAGAUUGUAUUGGUGGAAAUGAUGCACUGCUAAAGGUGUAAUCACAUUUACCUUUGCAUGGUGAAUUUCUGCAGACAAAGUACAGUAAUCUCAAUAAGAAUCCGUGCGAUAGUGGAUUUCACGUGAUUAAAUUCCAGUGGGGCGAAGAAUGUCCCCUUGUGUAUUUCUCAUGGAGUUCAAGUUUGGCAAACUCUGACAGGCAAAUUCGCUGCGUUGACCAAUUGAAAGUUGCGUGGUUUGGCAGUGACCUCUGUGAGGGAGGUGUUCGUACAGAGAUACAUUGAAUAUUCACAAAGGAAAUAAUUUUAGCGGUGAGUAUUUUUUGUAACUUCACUCUUCCAGAGUAUACAGUGCAGCAUUAUAAAGAGGCUGCUUGACUAUUAGUUUUUUGCUGGUUUCACACGUGCUCAACAUCUGCCCAUGCCCUCUGUGCCCGUGGAAUUUCACCAUGUGAAGGUAAAUGUGAUUGCGCCUUAAGCCCUCUGAAAUGUUUUUGGCACCCAGGUCUAUAAAAAGUGUUUAAAAGGCGGAGAGGUCUUCAAAUAGGCCCAUUUUAUAAGUUUCACUUUCAUUUGGCAACAACUGCUCAAGGAUUGCUCUUGAAGUGCUUUUUGCACUUUACUAGGACAAUAUUGUAACUUUCUUUAAGUUUAAUAUGGAGUGAAACACUGAUUUAUGAAUACUCUGGCUUUCCCCAGCAUUGUAAAGAAAGUUCUCAUGGGAUGUGGUAACAGUAUUGUCUCAAGUCAGACCAGGCAAAUAUGUGUAGCUUUUCAAGCUACGUUGUAUUUGAAAAGCUUUUACAGUCAUUUCUAUGAUUAAUUAUUUGAGGGUAUUUCAAAAGGGGCUCGUUCUGUACAUAAAGUAUUUUGUAAAAUAUGGUUUCUUGAACUGUAACAUACAAAAGAGAAGUACACAUAUUUAUGCUUCUUUUCAGCAAAUAAAUUCUUCAGAAUUUCCCUGUACAUAAUUAUCAAAAUGAUAAAUAAAAUGAUUCAGUGAUGUAAAGAGAAAAGCAACACAUUGUAAUGUUUUACACUAGGAAACUCUGUUGUAAUUUGUGUUAUGCAAGACAGUAUGGUUAGUUUUGGAGUAAUACUAUGUAUUACAGUGUAGAAGAAAUUGUUAUGUUUUUGACAUAACUGGACUUCUGGUACACUAGUCUGGCUCAAGAGGGUUUAUUUUGUGUUUUUUAAAUUGUGAGGUUUGGAGUACAGUGUUUAUCAACCUUGUUACAUCAUUUCAUUUUGACAUUACUUGCACAAAGUCCAGAGUUUCCUUGUGUCAUAUUGCUAUAGCAUAAUACAUUUUAUACUAGACACCAGUGUCUUUGUAAUAAUCUGUUCCAUAUGACAAGAUACGAAAUAGGGAUCUUGAAGUUUUCUGGAUCAAGGACACUUGUCAGCAAUUCUAGGAAUGUCUUCUGUAAGUGCACACCAGCUACACUGCAACUGCAGCCUCAAUGUAGCAGAAAGACAAAAAAAUCACACCACCUUUUUUGUAUUACAAGAGCAACACUUGUCACAGUAAGUGCAUCAAACCCACGGCCCUUUGUGCCAGAGUGCUGGGUUUCCAGUAGUUCAUGACCAUGUAGUUGAGGACAUGAACUUUCGACAUUCUGAUUUGUGAUUCAUUGUGAUUUAUUAUAUUUUGUCGUCAUAUUUUUAGAUUGAAAAAUAAACUGUAUAACACGAAAAAUAAACUGUAUAACACAAAAAAUGUUGGUCUUAUAAUUUUUUUUUUUUCCGUAUAUACUACCCUACCUUUGUUUUCACUGGUGAUGUUACUGAAAUUUAUGACUACAGUAAAAAAAAAAAAAAAAACUGCACCACACAUCUUUAGCCACUGCAUAUAGUGUUGAGAUGCCUGAUAACUGCUGUGUCGAUGGAGAUAUUUAGGUUAUGGAAUGUGCAAUGUGUGUUUGAAACUCCUUGUGAUUCCUUAUAAAGAGGAGGAAUUUUGAAAAGAAAUAUUUAUGUUAGAUUGAUUUAAGUGAAUUUAAAUUGCUAACAAUUCAGAGAUAAAUCAAUGAACCUCGCACACCUGA